UAUUACGUUUUACUGCUGUCUGUCCUGUCAAAUCAAUCGAAGAGAGAGAGGCGGUCGUGAGUUGUUGGCAGUAGCUAAAUCCACCAAAAUUCCGUAAUCUUAAAAAACUAAAUCAUCAAAAUGAGUAUCAGACUGCAAGAAUACAAAGAUGCGAUUGAGAAGAACCUCAAGGACAGAAGCAAACCAUGGACCAAAUACUUCGACAUAGCCGAGUCAAAAACCGGCGUGAGCAGGGUAUAUAUAUUCGUAGGAAUCGUCGCGUUCACCGGUUUAUAUUUAGUAUUUGGAAUCGGAGCUGAGUUGAUAUGUAAUUCGAUUGGCUUCGUGUAUCCUGCGUAUAUGUCCAUGAGGGCUUUAGAGUCGCCUCAGAAGGACGACGACACUAAGUGGCUGACAUAUUGGGUGGUAUACGCCUGCUUUUCGAUUCUCGAAUACUUUUCGGACUUCAUCGUCGGCUGGUUCCCUCUUUACUGGCUUAUAAAGUGCAUCUUCAUAAUCUGGUGCUACUUGCCCACUGACUUCAACGGCUCUCUGAUCAUCUACCACCGUAUCCUCCGCCCCUACUACCAGAAGCACCACCAUAAGAUUGACGACCUCGCCAACUCUGACAUUUUGGCAGAGAUAAUAAAGGACACCAACAAACAUAUGGAUAAAACUCUAAAAACUUUCAACAAAAAACUUGAGCAGUUGCACAAAGAUUAGAUUUAGACUACUUAAGUCAUGGUUGGGGAGAGUAUGCAAAUCGCUUUGUAUCUGAAGUCGUUGGGAAGAACAAAUAAAACCUUUUUUUUAUAACAUCUGCAAGCAAAAGUACAAAUCUUUACAUUAUCCUUUUGUAUGAGCUUUUGUGUCACUGUAUUUGACUGCUUUGUAAACUUUGGAUAUUUGAA